AAUCCACCGGCGAACGGACGCGUUGUUAACGUGGAAGCUCAAGUCGAGUCAAGUCAUCUUUGCCCACAGGCACACAGCGUCGCUGUCAGCUACAUCCGGCUGAUCACGAGGCUCGUCGCACUGCUGAGACCUCGUACACUCGCUGGCCGCAUGUCAAGGCAGUCAAUUGCGCCUGGACCGAGCAGCACGCAAUCGCUCAAAGCACGGCAGAUCAGCCUCCUUUCAACACGCCUACAAGAGCUCACGCUUCGAAUAGACGCCUUUGAGCAACUCGUCGCGACCUGCAGCCAGCAGGCCGUCAGCAUCAGAGACCUUGGCGUCUCGCAUGCAGCCUGGUUCAUGUCAGCCGCCAAAGUGCUUGCGCCAGUCGUAGACGAACCUCCACACAUCCAUAUGAGCGAAGAAGCCGGUCUGAGAAGCUGA